AUGGCUGUCGCAACGCUGGCGGACCUCGCUCUGGGCCGCGAGGGCCCCGGCAAGCUCGCGCUCCACCUCGACGGUUCCUCAAAAGGUGGACUGAAGUUGCACGGCCAGUGCUACACGUGGAACUACCUCGGGCGCGACGGCAAGCGCGCCGUGGAGUAUGUGUACAUGCCGGUCCAGCACGUCGCCGACGGCACCGCGGCGACCGCCGCAGACACCACAGCGCGCAACAUUACGCUCCCGCUGACGUGGGCGUGGCGCACGCCCGCGUACUUCGCGCUCGGGCCGUCGAAGCUGCUGCGCAUGUUCGACCUCCAGGACGAGGAGAUGUUCGCCCGGGGGAUCGACGAGACCCCAGAGGCGCACGAGGACCGCCUGCGGGCGGACGACCGUCUGUGCAAUGAGUUCCUGGACCUUGCAAUGCGCGCCAUCGUCUCGACGCUGCACUAUCAGGUGUCGGACCACGCCUCGGACGUCAUGGCGUUCGAGAAGGCCAUGAAGAACCUGGUCGGGGAGGAUUACGUGGCGCAGCGGCUCGGGUGUUGGGACCACAAGAUUGACAAUGCUUUCAAGAAAACCGCGGCCGCAUUCAAGGAGGCGUGGGAUGUCAUGGCGCGGACGGACGGCCUGAAAGAUCUACCUCGCCCCGACGUCAUGUACGCGAAGGGCGUCGACGGUCGCAAGAUGGAGUGGGUCGGAAGUCAUCAGCUGGGUUUGGAGUGCGAGAUGAUGUUCUCCGCGGAGGCCAAAUUCGGUUUCCUGCGACAGAGCCUGCAACGCUCCGCGGCGAUCGCCGAAGACGCGCUCAAGGAGGCCGGCGACCCCGACGCGAAGGCGCUGGGGAGCGGGAAGUUCAUGAUGGGGCAGUACGGCGUGGCCAGGUACCUCGCUGGCCAGGACAACCUCGGAAAGCUUUUGAUGUGGAGGCACUUGAUCCGCGCUGAGGAGCGCAGGAUCAACGGACCGCUGCGCACGACCGACAAGAAGUACCAUCAUCGCCUCGCGAAGGUCGUGAACGCUCUGGAGCAGCCAGCGUACACGGCUGAGAUGAUCGCCGGCGUGGUGUUGUAUGAAGUGUUUGCCGGCUCGUACUGGGGCGCGAAAGGGUGCGCGAACAAGAAGUCGUACGAGGACAUGGUGAAGCACGGCAAGAAGUACCUCGCGGUGGCGGAGAACUUCACGGUGCAGGACGCGGCGGACACAUUCAAGCGCCUGCAAGAUGAUGAACACAAGGACCUGAAAGCGCCGUGGUCGCUGUCGGAUUCGCCGUCGGAGGCCGGCUGGGUGGGCUGUCGGCUGAGCAAGGACGAGAACGACGAGAACAAGCGCGUGAACAUCUACCUGCGCACCGCGUGGCUCGCGUACAAGGAUCUACCUGGGUUCGAACUUGGCGACGACAGCGCGUGGCACCAAGCCGUGCACUGCCUGCUCGUGAGCGCCGUGAGGAAGAGCGCCGAGGUCCUCCGUCGCUUCAUGUACAAGCACGACGGCCACGUCGUCGACGCGCGUGCCUCCACGCACAACCUCGCGCCGCCUGACAACGCUUGCGUCGAGAGCAUGUUCGGGCUCUUCGGCUGCACGCGCCGGGGCCGGAAGCAGGCGGGGCCGAAGCACCUGGCAGCACGCGUGUGUCUGCAGCAGCCGCGCGAGUUCCUGUUCCGCGGCGAGCGCGGCGAGCUGCUCCCAGCGGUCCGAGCAGCUGCAAAGAAGUGGGCGCGGGAGCAACCCAGCCGCAAGAAGGCCUACGUCGCCGCCGCGAAGGAAGCGGCGGCCACCGCGGCCGCGGUGGCGCACCACGAAGCGACGCGCGUGUUCGAGGACAAGGAGGUCGACCUCUACGACGUCCUGCGGCACAUACACCUCGAGGGUGCUCGGGAAGGAACGGACGAGGACGGCUUCUACGCGCCGGCGGCCGACGCCCACGCCAAGAAGCAGGUGACGGUGGCGCACCUGAGGGAGAUAUUCGAGUGGUUCCGCGACUGCGGCGUGAGCCGCACCGUGGGCAAGAACAAGGCAGAGAUGAUGCGCAACUGCUGGGACCUGCUCUGCCGGGAGAUCCCGCACACGGUGGACAGGCUGAGGCGGGGGGAGAUUAUUGUGCGUGUCCGGCGGAUCCACAGGGCCAACCUGGUCGAGGACGCGGAGCGGCUGCUGCAGUAUGAGAUCAUCCCUGGAGAGAACGCCGCGAACACGUCGGACGACGCCUCGGCCAGCGCUCCGGUCCCGACGUGGACGCCGGCAGCGCCACCGCGCAUCGAGUUCUCGCAGCACAGCCCCGUCAGCAGCCAGGCCGCGGGGUUGCAGCAGAGGUACGACAAUCAAGCUGCAGCGGUUGUUGCCGAGGCGGAGGAGCGGCGGAGGCAAAAGAAGCAGCGUCAGCAGGACGACGAUGAUGUGGAGCCCACGCCUGAGCAGCAGCUGCGCAUGUGGCGGCGGCUUCACGCGCUCCACGGCGAGGGUGAAGAUGAGUACGAUGAUGAGGACACGAUGGGAGACCACGAGCCCUACCUGCCGGUCGGAGUGUAG